UCUCUUUGCUCAGUUUGUGCGGAAGACUCGACGUGCCGUGCUCGGGCUGAGGCUCGGGGUUGUGGUGCUACGGUGAGGAUGUCUCGCCGCAGUCCCCGUCUGGCCGGCAACGGCUACUACCAGCCCCGCAACGACACCUUCAGCAGCAGCGGCAGCUCCGUCAAAUCCGGUGCUCCCUCUUACAAGGAGACUCCCAUCAAGUUGCACAAGAAAAGGUCAAACAGCAAGUGGCCGGGACCUGUGCCUGGCGUCAAACGUUCACCGUCUAACAGUUCAGUCAACAGUCUGAGUAGCUACAUCAGCAACGCCUCCAAGCGCUCUCAGCACUCUCAGCGCUCUCUGCACCUCGGCGGCAGCAGCAACUGUCAGGAGCCCGUCGGUUUGGCUUACUCUGAAUCGUUCUCUCCCCUUGCCAAGCUGUGGGGCUGGAUCUCGCUGCUGUCUCCAGAAAAAGCUCUGCACCUGGUGUACUGGUGGUUGGGCACAGCCUGGUACCAGUUAACAACGGCUAUCUCCUUGAUCGAUGUCUUUACUCUGUCCAGGUGUGUCCCUCACGUGAAGAAGUGGAUGCUGCUGGUGUUGCUGGCAUUACUGGGUAUUGGCGUCUUGAUGUCAUCCAGAGGUAUCUGGUCUCGUGCCGAGAAUCCGGGCGCGCUGGAAAGCACUCAGGAAGUGAAAAGCAUUGUGGAGCAAGCCUUGAAACUGUACAGCGCUGACAGGGUUGGAUUGGUGGAUUAUGCACUGGAAUCUGCUGGUGGCAGUGUGAUCCACACGCGCUGCACAGAGACGUUAGAGACCAAGACUGCUCUUCUUAGUCUGUUUGGCUUUCCACUGUGGUACCAAUCUCGGUCACCCAGAGCUGUCAUUCAGCCGGAGGUUCAUCCUGGGAACUGUUGGCCAUUUAAAGGCUCCCAAGGCUUUGUUGUCAUCGAGCUUGCUGAAUGGAUCUGGCCUACAGCCUUUACCCUAGAGCACAUUCCCAGAUCAAUUUCUCUGGGUGGAUCAAUUAGCAGUGCCCCUCAAGACUUCUCUGUUCAUGUGAGUGAAACCUAUAGAAUAUGA